AUGACCCGCAAUGCAGCUGGUGGAGAAGAUCUUGUUGCGGGGGGAGAUUACGUGCAAUUGGAGAAGUGUGGUGCCGAUGGUGUGGCCACGUGUCAGGCGGAGGCGUCCUCGUCGGGGUGCUGCGGCGGUGGUGCCGAUGCCGGUGUCGGAGGUUGGUGGUGGUCUUGUUGGUGGUGGGCGAAGCUUGUGCUCGUAGUGCUGUUUGUUGCCGUGUUGGGUGCGGUUUUCUUCAAGUGGGUCGGGCCCUUCUUCAUGGAUAAGGAAGUCAUCCCCAUUAUAAUUUGGGAGAGGGAGACUUUCAGUACAACAAUGCUAGCGCUCAUCGUGUUUGGUUCUCUUGCAAUAUUUCCAUCCUUUCUUAUACCUUCUACGCCGUCAAUGUGGAUUGCUGGGAUGACUUUUGGAUAUGGUUAUGGAUUUCUGCUUACCAUUGGAUCUGUAGCCAUUGGUGUCACUAUUCCAUAUUUCAUUGGUUCACUUUUCUGUCAUAGAAUCCAUGCAUGGCUGGAAAGGUACCCAAAGAAAGCUUCUAUUAUAAGAUUGGCUGGUGAGGGAAGUUGGUUCAAUCAGUUCCGUGCUGUUACUUUGAUUAGGAUUUCUCCUUUUCCUUAUGUUGUGUAUAACUACUGUGCCAUGGCUACUGAUGUGAAGUAUGGUCCUUAUUUGUUGGGGACAAUUGUGGGAAUGAUCCCAGAAAUUUUUGUGGCACUUUACACUGGUAUCCUGAUUAGGACUUUAGCCGAUGCUUCACAUGACCAGCACUCCCUAUCAGGUCUUCAGAUCGUUUUCAAUGUUGCUGGCUUUUGCAUUACUGUAGUCUCAACAGUGAUCAUAACUCUAUAUGCAAAAAAAAGACUCAAGGAACUCCAGAUGGAAGAGGAGCUAUUGUUGCAGUGA